CAGACAUUCAGCUAACGUAAAAGUUGGAAAGGCAACUCACCGUUGCUUCAGUCUCGGUCCGCCGGCCGGCAAUAUCGGGGUGAUAUUUUGCAUGUUAUUGUUCAUUUCGAAUUAACCAUCCCCUAUAAUACCCUCACGUGUGCUCACAUCCCUCCACCAAACGUCGCUGAUUUUCGUGGGAACCGCUGAAAGUACCAGAUUAAAUUUUCACAGAAUGCAGUUUGAUUAAUUUCGAAGUUAUCUCGGGGGUUGAUGAGCGAAUGUUGGAAGAGGUCCUGUGAGGAAUUUUAUCAUGAAGGAGACAGCAUAUUGUGCAACAAUUGCGGAAAGUCAUGGUUUUUUCCCACUCGAUAUGCAAAUCCUGGUUUUAAUCCGCCUGCAAACGACGGUGAAUUUUCCUUUCGGAUGUCCUGACGCCAGGCGAUGAGGGAUCAGUUGAGGGAUUGACCGAGGAUGAUCCUGUGUUGACCAACAUUGAGUCAUCCUUGGCGGAAACUUUCUCCUUUCCUUCAGCUCAUCGAAAAGAUAACGAAUCUUUCCAUGCAGCUGUGGGAAAAUGACUUUUCCCCACGCGAUCGAAAAUAAACUUUUCUCAUGCGAUAUCUGGUCUCCAAAAAUCGUCGGAGCUAUUCUCCACCACCCUCGAAUUAUUAUUAUUAUUAUUUCAUUUGAUUGCACUCCUUAAUUACUGAAUCAGCCAGAUUAAUAGAUAUUUUGCUUGCGCAGAAGACCUUAUUAACAACAAAUUCAGUAUCAUUCGACUUUCCCAUAGAAUUUUCCUGUUUCCCAGGGGAAUUUUGUUUCAUUCAGUAGUAUUUCCAGAAGAGUUAGGUUCAAUGAGGUACAUGGGGGUGAGAGACAAUUUAUAAAUGGAAGGGAAAGUAAAUCUGGCCUCGUGGAGAACGUACCCGCAGAGGCAUUGAACGCCAAUGGUUAGGGCUGAUCACGUUCUACCCUGAUUGGUCACUCACCCGAUAUACAAUCCUCUUCAGAAAAUCGCCUCUAGACUCGCAUCAGUCUGUUGAGAAUAUCGGCUAUACUCCGGGGGGAGGGGUCUAGGUAGAUACCAGAGUAGAGUAGACGGACUUUCCCGUGGGAUUUUCCUUGAAGAAGCUUCGGUUGAACUGAUGAUAUUUGGUGCGCGAAGAGAAAAGUCGGAGAAAAAUUACCGUUCUCGUUCACCGAUGUGGGAUUGAAUGAACAAAGAGAAAAGAAAUUUCUUGUCAGUUCCUCUUCCAAUAAUUCAUCACAUGUCGCAAUUAACCGUCGGUUAUUUAUGGGAUCCUCUUACGAAAAAAUGUCGUAACACUUUCUUGUGGGAAAUCCCUUCCUCUGGAAAAAAUAAUAAGGAAACUUCCUAGUAAUACCUGUUGUGACCGAGAUAAUUAAGAAAUUGAUCAAACGAGCUUCAUCGAUCCAAAACGCCGGGCAAUAUCCUUCAAAGGUAAUAUUCAGUUGUAGUGUUUCGAUACGUGACAAGACCAUGAACAUGCAUAACACGAUGGGACUCUUGGCAUCGACCUUGAUAAUAUCGAGGCCAUUGCGAAAGGAGUAUGAUCUCGAGCAGAAGAUCGAGGUGGAGAUCAAGAUGCGGGAGGGAUCGGCAAGACUUUUGGCAGCGGCAAGGCACAGGGCUCAGAGUCUCGAGGCUGCCAGGGCUCUUCUCACUUCAAAUGAGAGGAUGUCUGCGUAUAUGGCAGAGCUACAACGACGUAAGAAAGAGGCCAUUAAUAAACCGAGUAAUCCAGUGAGCACAGCGAGAGUAUCACUGUCCGAGCUGAGAGUACCCCUAAUGUGGCGUGAUUCUGAUCAUUUUAAAAAUCGUGGUGACUACAGACGUUUUGCUGUAUUCUGCCUGGCGCGAAUUGGCACUGAAAUACAUGACACUGCAUUACUAUGCCCCGUUGAUCGGGCGCUAACUGACAUCACGUUUCCAGAUGUUCUACUCUUCAAUAACGUCCCAGCGGAUUUUGAAUUGACCCUGGAAAUUUACAGCCACAUUCUCCAAGAAGACCUCAGUAUCGCCAGUACUCCUCGCAGAAUUAAACGCACGAUUCACUCAUCAAUAUCGAAGACGGUCGGGAAGAAGCUGGCAGCUUCCCUCAGGGACGAGUUGAAUUCUGGAAAAAUUGGUCCCCACUUCGAGCUUAUGGCCUCCGCUAAGUUGACCCUUGAUGACACCGAUGAGAAUAUUCACACUCAUGACUUAGCUAUCAGUAAUCUGGAGAAUAAACAUCACGCUUUGCCAUUGUUUGGCCACUUCUGCUGUCGUCUUGCUGCCCAGCCAGAUUGCAUGACGAAAGAGGUUGUAACGGGAAAUGUUAAUAUCAAUGGAAGGGACUGCUGGGCUCGCCUCCAAAAUUUCACUAUUCAGAGCUGGGAGUCCCGGAAAUUGGCCGAGGGAGAGCAAAAUCCAAUCUCAACGAUAUUAAUCAACAGAGAGACUUCAAUUCAGCCUACGAAAUGCCAAAAAGAGUUGAAAGUAAUCAACACCUCAGACGGCACCGAGAAGUCCGCAAUUCUAAAGUUGGAUUCGCCUGAAGAGGCCCAGAAGUGGUUGAGGCACUUGACACUUCACGCAAAGGACCACGAGAGGUGGAAGCACGCGGCUGAAACAAUUCAAGAGGUACCCUGCAUCGAGAGUGCCAGGAAUUCCUUCAUAAGUAGUAAGCGACAGGGCUCCCUGUACGAUGAGACACCCCUAAUUGAGUCUGUGCAAUCAGACUACACAUCCCACACUAGGCCAACAGUUCAGGAAAUUUUUGGCCUAACUCCGAGCACAAGUUUGAGCAGCUGCAGCUCCAACAGUCCCCCGAGUCAUCGUUCUCGCUCCCUCAGCACCAGUGGCACAAGAAAAUUGAGUGCAGCUGCCAUUAAAUCUCACUGGCCAUUUUCCAAUAAACAUCAUGAUUAAAAAUAACAGUUUAGAGAGUAGAUAAGAUCGACCAGCUCUUAAUGAGCCACGAUAAUACUCAGAAUUAAUGAAAAAUACAAUUAUUACGAGGCAAUUUGCAAUUCCAAGGAUCGGAAACAAUCCGCAAAAUUUCGUUGCAUUUUUCACCCCAAGACUGAAUCAAUCGACAAAGUUCAGAUCUGAUUGAUGAUUUGUUCAUUCGUAGAUUUAAUACUGUCGCCAUAUUCAGUUGAUUGAUUUGUUUCAAUUUAAUUGGUUGAAGUAAGGGUAUUUCUCCCCUCAUUCCUGAUUUUUCUACUAGAUGGAUCAUUAUUAAUUGUUCACGAGUAGAGAAGAAUUAAUUUUUCCAAGGAGUGUGAGGUCGUACUGAUUGACAAUCUGAUUGCUGAUUUUGUGGAGAUUUACUAAGUGUUUUGAGAACUUCUUGGAAUAAAAGUAACUUGACAAAUGUUUUUUGAAGUUAA